AUGGGUGUAGCUUCUAUUUUGUUGGCUGGAUUUGGUUCCUCUGUCUAUCAUUUUUCUGCUGACUUCUUUACGAUAUUUUUCUGCCUGCUUGUGGCCGUAUUUUCUCAUUUGACUCUUCAGUCGCCUAUGAUGCCAAAUAACAGGAAGCUAUGCCCCAAUAUUGGAUGGUUUUGGGUGCAUAACUGUAAUAACUGCGGAGAAUGGGAGGUUGUUGUUGUUCUUCCAGAAAAGCUCAUAUGCAACUGCACGGAGCACCUGUGUAUUUCUAUGUCCUGUCCACCAGUUUUGGAAGAGCAAGAGUCCUUAAGAUCUCAUGAUGUCGCAGCCUCUGCACUCAGUGCAGGACUCCUGGUUCAUUGGGAUCUGGAAGCAUCAACACCAGACACUUACAGACCCCCUCCUCCACCGUUGCCAUAUGAUAUGGUCUUUGGAUGUUCACGAUCAACAGAUUCUGAUUCUGUCAGGGAAACAAUCAGUUGCAGUAGUUUUGAUACAUCAGCUACUUGUGGAGAUCUUGGGGAAUCAGACUGCAAAGUUCAAGAAAGUUCUUUGAAUACCUCACCAAAGAAGUUAGAACUUUCACAAUCAAAUGAACCUCAUGUUUUAGCAAAAGAAGACGAGGAUGUCUGUCCCAUUUGUCUUGAAGGUGCUGUACCAUCAGUAGCUCAGGGAACUAAUUCUUUUGUUGUAUGA